UCUCUUUUCCCGCUCUGGCUGCGGUGCAGGGGAAGUGUUUAUAUGGGGGGGAAUGAUGACAGAGGUCGGGUCGCGCUAAUGGGCCAGUGAAGAGCGGCGGACGCGAGGCGCGCACAGCGGACCAGGAGCACAUAUACAUUAAUACACUUGUUCCAUCACCAAUCAGCAUAGGAAUAACCCCUCCGUCUCCGCCGAAGACCACUGGAAACUAUUUUUUAAUGCACCUCUAAACCUCCCGAGAGAGACUGGCCCUGGUUGUUUUGUUUUUCAUUUAUUUAUUUUUGCUUAAAAUCCUUUUUCCGCGGUGUGGAGGACUAUAAGGACUCUGACAACGGCGCAGGAUGCCCCAAAAAGAAUACCACAACCAAGCCACGUGGGAGUCUGGUGUAGCCUCAAUGAUGCAAAACAAGGUGUAUGACAUCUGUGACGAAGGUCACAGUGGCGUAAACCAGCUCGGCGGUGUGUUCGUUAACGGCAGACCGCUACCAGAUUCCACCAGGCAGAAGAUAGUUGAACUUGCGCACAGCGGCGCGCGACCCUGCGACAUCUCCAGGAUACUACAGACCCAUGAUGAUGCAAAAGUCCAAGUGCUGGACAGUGAAAAGGUGUCCAACGGCUGCGUGAGUAAGAUCCUGGGCAGAUAUUAUGAAACAGGCUCCAUCAGGCCGAGAGCGAUAGGCGGCAGCAAACCCAGGGUAGCCACGCCGGAGGUGGUCGCGAAAAUCGCGCAGUACAAGCGGGAGUGUCCGUCGAUCUUUGCGUGGGAGAUCCGUGACAGACUGCUGUCGGAAGGCAUCUGCACCAACGACAACAUCCCCAGUGUGUCAUCGAUAAACAGAGUCCUCCGCAACCUGGCGAGUGAAAAGCAACAGAUGGGCGCAGACGGCAUGUAUGACAAGCUGAGAAUGCUCAACGGUCAGACAGGAACUUGGGGGACCCGGCCCGGCUGGUACCCCGGAACAUCGGUGCCAGGGCAGCCCAACCAAGAUGGCUGUCAGCAGCAAGACGGCGCGGGCGAAAACACCAACUCCAUCAGCUCGAACGGAGAGGAUUCUGAGGAGACGCAGAUGCGUCUGCAGCUGAAGAGGAAGCUGCAGAGAAACCGCACGUCCUUCACACAGGAGCAGAUCGAAGCGCUGGAGAAAGAAUUUGAAAGAACUCAUUAUCCAGAUGUGUUUGCCAGGGAGAGACUAGCGGCCAAAAUAGACCUGCCCGAAGCCAGAAUACAGGUGUGGUUCUCAAAUAGAAGAGCGAAGUGGAGGCGAGAGGAGAAGCUCCGGAACCAGCGACGCCAGGCCAACUCCUCCUCCAGCCACAUUCCCAUCAGCAGCAGCUUCAGCACCAGUGUGUACCAGGCCAUCCCACAGCCCACCACCCCCGUGUCUUUCACCUCAGGGUCGAUGCUGGGGAGACCCGAAGCUGCGCUCACAAACACGUACAGCGCGCUGCCACCCAUGCCAAGCUUCACCAUGGCAAACAACCUACCUAUGCAACCCAGCCAGACCUCCUCUUAUUCCUGCAUGCUGCCUACAAGUCCGCCUGUGAAUGGGCGGAGCUACGAAACAUACACACCCCCUCAUAUGCAGGCACAUAUGAACAGCCAAUCAAUGACCACUUCUGGUACCACCUCAACAGGACUCAUCUCUCCCGGAGUGUCUGUCCCUGUGCAAGUCCCAGGCAGCGAGCCUGACAUGUCUCAGUACUGGUCCAGACUGCAGUAGUUUGAAGAGCUACUUCACCCUGUAAGCACCCACUCCACUGUCGCCCUCCGGCAGUGCUCCUCACACACUCACGGCACAAGAGAGUAGAGAGAGAAAGAGAGAGGGUUAAGAAGUGGCGAGGACAGGAAGAGGAGGACAAAAGCCCGGGGACAUCUGGGCUUUGUUUUUCCAGCGGGACUGUGUGCUGUCCUGUAGCUCACGGCAAAGUCAAAUGAGGACUCGGACCAGAACAACGAUGGAAAGAAAAAAAUAUAUAUAUAUGGACCUCUGUAAAGUGCCCGUGUUACAUUUUCAUGGAACAAAAACUUUUUUUUCUAUAUCCAAGUUCAGUCAUUGUUUCCUUUUUUUCUCUCUCUCUGGUGUGUUAGUAAAUGGCCAUUUAUAUGUUAAUAUGAAAAACCAAGAUCAAGUACUGCUAGAUGGACUGCUAGAAAACCCACGCCGGUUUUGUGUUUGUUGGCGAGACAAGAAGUGGAAAGAAUCUGCCACGACUAUCUUUGAAAUACUCUUAUAUCGAGACUUUGCAUGGUCUCUGGACGCUGUUGCAUAUCAUUAAAGACAAGAAUGCUGGAGGGAAGACUCUUACAGCAUCAAAAAAUAUUUAUUGCUCUUAUUCUUUAUCAAUGGAUAAUAGCCCCUCCCCCACUGAUGCUGCGGUUGUGACUCCUCUACGAUCAGAAGGGGGUGGGGGGCGGUGGGCGGCAACCGGCCCCGUAGUUUGCUGGCUUUAAGUGCAAGUGGAUCACAUGUUGGAGCCGCACGCCAAAUGACUCGGACCCUUGCCUUGGUGGCUGGAUUGACUCUAGAUCGUGGCGAAGAACCUUCAGUGUGGAAAACAGGUGUAAAAAAUAAUAAUAAAAUGCUGUAGUCUGUAAAUGGUAGACUGCAUUCAGUUUGUUUAUGUUAAAAUGUAAAGUUCUUGUCUUCCCUAUAAAUCUCUUCAAGAAAGAUUUCUCCAAUAAACAUUGAUUUCAUUUAUACUCCCAAGAAUAUUCUAUAAAUGUUCCACACAUCAUAGAAUCCAUUUCUUUAGGGUCAGGUACAAUUAGUCUCUUAGAUAUAGGUGUAUUAUAGUGUCCUAUGGUUU